AGCCAUAGGUGAAUCUCGUGUGUCUGAGACUCAGAUGCAGGAUAAAAUGUAGUUAUUCACUUGACCAUAUCUAGCCAAAGUGGUGGAUCCUCAGAAUUCACUUCACGAGCGUCCGGACAUUCAGUGGCUAGGUCUUGUGAAUUUUUGGUGUAUGUGUAGCUUCGAGUUACUGAGCAGAAGUCGCAGUUAUCGACUGGUUACCAGUCAAGAACUGUUUGUGUACUAUCCGAUUAAAUGCAUAGGUAAGGACUGGGAAGCGUCGUGAGAUUUACUGAUGCUUCGUAAUCUUCACUCAUGCCUACACCAAGCUGUAGUUUGGAUGAUACAAAGGAUGAGUUUUUGCAAAGCUGUUUGCUACAUAGAGCAAAGUGUUCAGAUAUACACACGGUUGCAGGGGACUUUAACGCUCAAGUAGGAAAGCUGAGCCAAUUAGAAACGGGUUUUGGAGUUAUCUACAGAAUCUCAUUUCAUCAAACCGACAAUGGUGAUCUUAUCUUGGAAUUUUGUUCUGACAAUCACUUGUUUCUGGCCAGCACUAACUUCAAGCAUAAGUAGAGACACUAUCUCAUAUGGCAUCCACUGACAUCAAACUAAUGAUGGAUACAGAUAGAUGAUAUUGCUAUGGGCCAUCGUUGAAAAGGGUCAGUGGAGGAUCGCUUCUCUUUCUUAUCUGUUUAGGGUCCGAUCACGCGCCAGUACGAUAACGUGUAUAUCUGUGUCUUACUGGUUGCAGAAAACCGGCGGUAGUUAGGCCUGUUUGUAAUCGGUAAGAAGGGGAGAAAGAUGACUUGUGCAUUUACGGAAAAGAUAGCCUCGGAUUUAUCUGAACGCGACAGCAAUGCUCGUCCUUGAGGAAAGCUGGUGUAAUAUUAGGUGUACUGUACCGAUAGCGCUCAAAACAAUUAAUAACCUGCAUCCAUAGAUUAGCGAACGUCAGUGGAUUUUUGCAGUCAUCUGAACUCAUUGAUACGAGAGUACUGCACAAUUCCACCGACUCACAGCAACGCUUCAGUUGCCUAACAUCCAGCCUGGAUGUUAAUGUGACAUAGGUGUUGAUAAUCCAACUCUUCUCGAAGGUAAGAAGGCUGUCUCAAACCUGAAAUGAUUCAAAACACUAGGACUUUGCAGUUUGCCACUGAGAGUUCGCAAAUAUGGAGAUAGGAGUAGAGUAAUAGAGGUACUAGGUAGUGUAUGGGAGUCAGAGGCAGUCCAGACGGACUGGUCUACUUCACUGAUCAUUCCAAUCUAUAAGGAGCGAGAAAAGUCCUCUUGUGACAACCAUAAGGGAAUCAGUUUGACCACUAUAGCGUUGGAGAUCUUAAGGUCCUUGUUAUCCGACUCCUAACUAGUGCUCAAGAACAGCAAAUUCGAGAAAACUAGACGAGUUUCAGACCUGGACGAGGGUGCAUCCCUCAAAUCUUCGCCCUUUCGUCAGAUUAUAGAACCCAGUUAUACUAACCGGUGGCCGACACUUCCGCUAAUUCUCGACUUGAAGACGUCAUUGCAUUCUGUUAAACAAGUGGCAUUGUGAGUAUUUGAUUGUGAACGCAGUAUCGAGCAGCUACGUAGUGAUAAACAAACCUCUGUACUCAAAUUCAUUCAGCCGUGUUGCCAUCAUCUGAGCUGACGAAAACUAGUGGUGUCUGUUAGCUAUACCCACUAUUCCUGUUUAAGUUCUUUACAAUUAUAAUAAUGGACGUAACCUUAGGUACGCCUUACUUCACAGGGACUGGUCGACUCCCUGCAGGGUAUCUGGUUUAACUAGAGUAUGCAGACGAUAUCAUUUUCCUAGGUGAAGAUGCUGACAAAAUGUACGGUCUAAAUGAUUUUAGCAGAAAUCUGAGUAUUUUUGGCGUGCGUUUCGCACCUGUCAAAUGUAAAAUGAUGCUCUAGUACUGGUCAGCAACUACUCUCAGCUUAAUGAUAAGGAGUAAAGAGGUCGAAUGCGUUUGGAAUUCGCCAAAUCGUGUCAUCUCGGGGACUGACUGGCGUGAUAUCCGAUCACUUAUUAAAGACGGAGUAUGCUGUGCUGCAAUGUUUUGUCUUUUUAUGGGCCUGUGUAAAAUGACGACAGUUGUCUUCGCAGUAUUGUUUAUGUAAGGUGGAAUCAACAUGUGAGUAAUAUCGCGGUUAGAUUAAGUGUACCAGAAAAGGAAGGCAUGUCAGUCAAUGAGGUUGUGAAUAUUAGUCUACUGAGAUGACUUAGACAUGUACUGUGCAUGCUGAGCCACAACCUACCUCUAUAUGCCAUGCUACGGGAAGUUGGGAUAGGUUAGAAGAUGGUUCAGGGAUGCCGAACCAAGACGUGGCAGCAGCCCAUGAAGUCUCUUCCUGUUGGUAUGAGCCGCGUAAAGAGGUGUGGACUACCUGCCUAGGGUCCUUGAUAUGGUGGGAAUCAGUGGUUGAAGAAUCUUGUUGACAUGGCUGGAAAUCGGCCAUAAUGGCACAGAUCUAUUAACUCUGAUACCUUCUAAGGCUUGGGUUUUUGCACUAACUGCUAUCUUAAAAUUGUUUAUUCUCUCACACUACUUUAUCUUUUUUGAUAUCAGUCAUUGUCUAUCCACCCAUUCUUUGUAUACUACUGUGAAGUGUGGCAACUUGAGACGAUGCAGUUGUGUGCGCGGUUCUACGUUGAUUUCGUCAGUCAGUCAAUUUGACGUUCAUAUCCUAUCCAACCUGUAGAUACAUUAGUUAGAGAUAAAGCAUGAGUGAAUAACCGUUAAUCUGCUUUCUAGUGUCUCUCCUCCUUCCGAGUACUUGUUCGCAAGGCCAGUCAACCAGUUCCCUCAUGAAUAGCUCCAUUAAGCACUGCAUUUUUUGGAACCAUCAUUCUUGUGAAGGCAAACAGCUAUCACUUAUCAUCUGGCAGUAGAAUCGAUUUCCGAAGUAAUGCUGAAUACAUACCUUAUGAAUUAUCUAAUACUAACACCAGAAGUAUGUAAAAAAAUGCUGUUAUCAGUGGAAACGAAAGAAUAGGAAGCAAGAGGCAAGAGGUUUCGAAAAAUGUACGACUGCCUAGAUACGAUUGUGGACAAUAAGUUGUUCCUGAAAUGUCAUCCAAUGAUGGAUUAUGCCUCUGUAAUGGGUGCAACAAAUUACAAUGGUGUAGAUCAUAAAGAUGAAACUGUAUCUACGUUAGAAAAGUUAUCUAAGAGUGAACUUGAAGCCUUAUUAACGGAUCAUGAGGGAAUUAAAAAGCUAGCAAAAAAUAGUCCAGAGAUUAAAAAAAUUGAGGCCGAUAAAGAAUCUUGUAUGAUGGAAAAUAGACGUCAAGCUGAAACAAAUUUAGCCAUGGAGCCUACAUUCAAUAUGAAGAAAACUGAACUAGUCGAAGCUUAUUCUAAUUAUAAACAGCUUGAAACACAGUAUAUAAAGCUCAAAUCAGAAGUUGAUAGUAUCGGUGCAAAAUAUUCGCCGAGUGUAAUUCUUGCUCUUCUACAGACUGCUAAUGCUGAGGCUGAAGAACAAUCUGAAGAAUUAGCCGGUCGAUUUCUUGAUAAGUUAAUGGAUGUUGAUACAUUUUUGAAGGAUUUUAUCCCGCUUCGUAAAUUAUGUAAUGAACGUAGAUUUAAAUGUGAGAAGUUAGCAGAACACUUAUCAACUGGUUAUACAAGUGGAUCAAACCUUCCCAAUACCCAACAGCCGUCUUUUGUGCCCAAUGUGAUGAGGAUGAGGAAUACAGAGUCUUAUGGUGGUACAUCACAACUUUAUCCAUCAUUGUUAUCUCUGGGUAAUAAUAGCAGUAAUACUUCAUCCUCAACUUAUGGCUUUAAUAUUUGAACAUAUGUUUACACAUGCUUCCAUGAAAUCAACCCCAGUUUGACCAAAAAUAAUUUUGAUCAUCUGUUCUUCUUGCACAUAUAUAUACACACAAAUACAUUUUUCUUCAGGAAAAUUACUUAAGACGUUGUUGACUGUACUUUUCCGUCAAAGUGGUAUAAAACAAAAGACAGAUAUAAUUCCGUACUGUGACUAUACUGAUUAUUAAGAUACUCUUCAUUUUCACUUGUUAAGAGUAGUCAGUGAGAACUUAGGAUUACUACAAACAAGUUCUUUUCUUUCAGUCCUUCUUUCAUGUAUUAUUGAGGGGGAAUUAAACUACUUGUCAUUCACUCUAUUCAUAUCCAUAUUGUAAAAAAAGUUCAACACUUCAGUCCUUUCUUUUUUUUUUCCUUUUCAAUUUAGUAAGAGUUUUACUCGAUAUAUUGAAAUGUAUAUUCUUGAAAGUUCCAUCACCAACAGCGUCACUUCAAAUUGCGUAUCUAUUUUAAAUAAUAAACUUCAUUAAUUUUAAGCAAAUAUUCGUAGAAAACUGGUACAAACCGAAGAAUCAUUAAAAGUUUGGAAGCAGGAGAACAUUUGUUUCAUUUCGAUAUAAAAAUUGACAACAGUUCAUCGUCAAUAUUAAUAGAGAGUACAAUAAACAAAUACGUAAACUGUUUAGCAAAGAUUUCUUUGGUUUCAGUCCUCUUCAAAAAUAUCUUAUGCUUUCAAAAAAUAUUAAGAUGGUUUUCUUUUCUUUCGAAACCAUUAAGAUUGUGUCUACUUGUGUAUUUUUGGAUCUAAAAACUUACUUGUUUUGUUCUUACAUUGGAUUACUAGGUGGUGAAUGAUGAUGUAAAAUUAUCUGAAAAAGAAAGUAGUAAAUAAUUUGCGAUUUGA